GAUAAAGAAAGCAAAGGAAUACACAUUUUACUGCAAUGGAUCUAUUUUACCUUGUUCACUAGUCUUUCUAACACUCUCCACUAUUGAUGGUCUUUCCACUUAAAUCUUUCAGAGUUUUUUGUCAUUCUUACUCCCCUGUCUGUCCCCACAGGCCUCUGCACGGGAUGCGUUGUUGGAUGACUCUGUGAUGCUUGCCAAGAAACUGCAGGAUAUCGGCCAACCAGUGACACUGAGGGUGGUGGAGGACCUCUCACAUGGCUUCAUCGGCCUAUCGGGACUCGCUAGGGAGAUACAGGUAGCUUCAGACAUCUUUGCGUAGAGCGAAUCAGAGAGUACUGGCAAGCGACCAAAGUUUGAAAGGACCAAUCGUGGGGCUGGCCCAUCAAAUGGAGGGGCUGAAGCGAUGCCUAUAACACCCAGGGGAAAAAAACAAGUUUUAUUGAGAAAAACGUUUACUUACUAUGACUGAGUUAACAUAUGUGGUUGUCUUACCCAGCUACCUGAAUCAACUAACUGUAAGUCGCUCUAAAAUGUACAUAAUAACUUUGAUCACUGUGAAAUUCUGACAAGUGUGCUGAAAUAUUUUAUAUAUACAAAUAUCUUGCAUGUGAAAUGUAAUACUCAAGUUUAAUGGUCGAAUAAUAACUUAACUUAAAUAACUUAAAUGUUCGAAGUAUUUGCCUUUUAUGGAGCCUAGAAAAUAUCGGAUAAUAAUUGUAACACUGUAAUAACGAGGCUCUUAAAACAAAAAGCUAUACAGGGGCUCUAGAAUGAAGAAGUGAAAGUGACGUAUCAGAUGCACGGGUGCCUGAACUACGGAUGCCGCUGGAGGGCAAUAUUUUCUCCCUGUUCCGCUUUUCCUUUCGUAAAAAAAGGAGAGAGGGGCUGUAGCAAUGGAGGGGGUAACUGUAGGGCACGUAUUUGACGCCGAAUGCAUCCUCAACAAACGUCCACGAAAGGGGAAGUUUGAGUAUUUGGUGAAGUGGAGAGGGUGGUCGUCCAAACAUAACAGUUGGGAGCCUGAAGAGAAUAUUCUGGACCCCAGAUUACUGGCUGCCUUCCACAAGAGAGCGCAAGAGAGGGAGCUACUCUUCCGUAAGAGAGGGAAGAGGCCAAGGGGACGUCCACGGAAAAUUCUGGAACCAGAACCAACUGAAACCAAAUCCGACCGCUCCUCCUCCUCCUCUUCAUCCGGCCUGUCCUCCUCUCCCUCCUCCUCUUCCUCAGAAGAAGAAGAAGAGGAAGACCACAGGAAGAAGGCCAAACCAGGUCCUCGCCUCCGCAACCUCUACCCCGUCCCCCAGAAGAGGCCCCAGAUUGUUGUGGCCAAAAAUGAGCCCGCCCGGAAAAAGCGCGGGAGAAAACCGCUGCUCCCCGAGCUGAGGGCUUUGAGACAGGCAAAGACCCGGCCGCCCCUCCCGCCCCCUUCUCCUUCUCGCCACCAGCAGGUCCUCAGGCCCCCCCGCGAGCCCUUCAAAGAGGAACCCCGAGGGGGGGUGAAGAAGCCUCUACAGCCAGCCAGUUUCACCUACACUGGCCUGAGCUCCAGCCGGGGCUCCAGAGAUGAGGUGGCACACCAGGUGGCUGCUGGAGGGGCCUUCUACCAGGCAGGGGCCUCCAAACCUGGGCCGCUGAACUCCAUUUGGUCAGGUCGCUCCAUGUCGACCAACACCCCCACCCCAUCCUCUCCAUCCUCCUCUUCCUCUCUCUGCAGACCUCCCCAGCCUUACAGUAAGGGCUGGUCAGAUCUGAAGCGCUCCCUCUCUGUCUCCGACGCCGGCAGCAGCAAUGGCAGAGCAGAAGGGUUCAAGGUGGCUUCCUCUCUAAAACCAGGGAUGUCUACAUCCACACUCUGUCUCCACAGCUCCAAGACCUCCAGUGGGUGUGGGGGCUCUUCAACGGCAUGUAGCCCAGCUCAGCGCUUCCCAGCUGGGCAGAGGAGGCAGCAGGAGGGCCCAGGAGGUCAGGCAGGGAUGGUGGUUCAGCAGCAGGGAGCCAAGCCCCCCUCCUCUACCCCUCCCUCGGCCAGAGACCGCAUCAGUCAGGCCCUCAGCCUCCGGGCUCUCAACCUGCAGAGUGUCAAAAGAAUUGCGCCCGGCAAUGGUCCCCAGGGAAACGGGACCUCCAGCACCACUGGAGUUGCAGUUUCGAGGUUGAGCCUGAGAAGCAGUGCCAGCCCGGCAGGAAAAAGAGCAGGGGGGAGCAUUAAAGAGACACACACCUCGUCUGGGCUGAACCAGGGCCUGGUGUCGGGAGGGUUAGGGGGAGGGGCACUGCACUCUGGAAGCGUGCCACCAGCCAGAGUGGAGAGGGGGGAGAGAGGGAAGGACACUGGGGCAGAGACAGAGAGAGAGAUGGACAACAAGGGACCAGGGGGUGUAGGGAGGGGGAAUGGAAGGGUGGAGAAAGGGGGAGUGUACAGGCACAGGGAGGCGUGUCCACAGCCCGCAGAGGCAGAGCUAACGGGGGGAGACAGGAGGACAGGAAGUCAGGACAGAGCCUUACCGUUAAUGAGCGGAACUCCCGGACCCUUAACGAGCUCAGCACGGGUGACUCAGAUGACACCAGCAGCAGCGAAUCAGAAGAGUGUGACUCCCCCUAUCCCGACAACAACAACAGGGCCCGCCUUGUCUCUAUGGAGAUGGAAACGGAGACGGACUGGCGGCCGGCGCGGAGCCUUCUAGAGCACGUGUUCGUCACGGAUGUCACCGCCAACUUCGUCACGGUAACAGUGAAGGAGUCGCCGACCAGCGUGGGGUUCUUCAACGUCCGCAAUCACUAAAGCCUGUCCGUGUAUGUACAGGACACCCAUAUAGACACAGGCCAUUUCCCCUCCCAAUGGUUAAAGGGACAUUACGCUUUCAAAUCAAAGUUUGACAGACAUUUUCAGACCUCUAAAGUAGUCUAAUGUCAAGAUAAAACCCACUAUAGCUGGAUCUACAUAAGCUAUAUUAUGUGACGCGGUUUCAUUAGAAUACUCUAGAGGUCUGAAAACAUUUGACAUUUUAUUUAUGAGUGAAAUGUCUCUUCAAGGUAAGAAUCUGGAGGGAGCUUAAACUCACUAAGCUGAUCCUGUAUCUGUGCCUAAGGGCAACCUAUACCUGGAAUAAUAAGAUACAACAUGACAUUAGGCUUGAUUCCAAACCCAUCCCUGGUCCCUUUAGCCCAAUGAUUGCCCCUUUGAAGAUUUGCAAGGAUUGGAUCUGAGACAUAACAGUCAAUUAGGCUUUGGGCCUAGUUCCAUUUCUGCCUUCAACCCUUUCGCCUAGGUCCUUCACUUUUCAGCAUAUUUUUUCUUCUACAUAUCCAGUCUUUUUAGAUCUGCGAGGGGGAGUCAACAAGGGAUAGGGGAAAGAGAAUGUUUUGUUAUUGGACCCUCGUCAAUUGAAGACUUUUGUGAAGACAUAGCUGUCUGUAUAGCUAUGCCAGCAUAUCCCAUCUUACUUUGUAUUCUCUUUGGACCAAAAGAGUCAUGAAUGUGAAUUGUGUAUUUUUUUAAAAUCUGUUAAAAAAUGGUAUUCUGUCAGUCAGUAUUUCUCUUGCACUACAGUAUGUUAUUGUAAUCUUUUAAGCCAAUUAUAUUAGACUGAAACAUACCUUCUCAUCUCAAGCAGGCAUGACAUUUUUUUAGUUAUCUUCCAGUGUUAUCCUGCCUACCUGUGGCGAAGAGUAUUUGAAUUGAAUACAAUCACAGUCAUUGAUAGUAAGAGCAUCAUAGGAGGUGGAGAAGUGUUUUAAUUUAAUUUAUAUUUGUACAUAUGUUUCUCUCUUGUUGAUAUGAAUAUGUAUCUGUAACUCUGGUGCUUAUUAUAGCUUCACAGCUUCAGAAACUCGUAGCCUGUGUGCCUCCUGCCAUUUCUAAGGUAUUGAAAUAAACCGUGAGUACUUGUAAAAGUGGGUGCUUAACCAUACCAAAA